CUUCCAUCCUCUUGUCCUAGAAAGCUCUCCAUAAUCUGAAUAUUUCUUUUCUCACACAUUCAUUUGCUUUUGUUAUUCAGAACUAAACAGAAGUAACUUCCUAAACUCUGUUUCAAGAUGCAUAAAAAUAACAACAAGAAGUCUCUCAACAUCUCAAGCAUGUUCCAAACCUUCAUCCCUGACAGCAACAUUUUCUCCCGACGCUGCAUUUGGGUCAACGGUCCAGUCAUCGUCGGAGCUGGCCCAUCGGGCUUAGCCGUAGCCGCGGGCUUGAAACGCGAAGGCGUACCGUUUAUCAUCCUCGAGCGAGCUAACUGUAUCGCUUCCCUGUGGCAAAACAGAACGUACGAUCGUCUCAAACUCCAUCUCCCCAAACAGUUUUGCCAGCUACCGAACUUCCCCUUCCCUGAGGACUACCCUGAAUACCCUACCAAGUUUCAGUUCAUCCAGUACCUUGAGGAGUACGCAACGCACUUCGACAUCAACCCUAAGUACAACGAGACGGUCCAGUCAGCGAAAUACGACGAGACGUUCGGGCUGUGGAGGGUUAAGACCAUUUCCAAGAGCGGGCAGCUCGGCUCUUGCGAGUUUGAGUAUAUCUGUAGGUGGCUUGUGGUGGCUACUGGUGAGAAUGCUGAGAAAGUUGUGCCGGAUUUCGAAGGUCUAGAGGACUUUGGCGGAGAUGUUCUUCACGCCGGAGAUUACAAGUCCGGUGGAAGGUACCAAGGGAAGAAAGUUCUGGUCGUUGGAUGCGGAAACUCGGGAAUGGAAGUCUCUCUAGAUCUCUAUAAUCAUGGAGCAAACCCAUCAAUGGUCGUUCGCAGCUCUGUUCAUGUGUUACCAAGGGAGAUUCUUGGGAAGUCCACGUUCGAGCUAGGAGUCACGAUGAUGAAGUGGAUGCCGGUAUGGCUCGCGGACAAGACACUGCUCCUACUAGCUAGGAUAGUGUUGGGGAAUACCGACAAAUACGGUCUGAAAAGACCGAAUAUCGGACCGUUAGAGCUGAAGAACAAGGAAGGUAAAACACCGGUUCUUGACAUUGGGGCACUACCGAAAAUCAGAGCGGGAAAGAUCAAGAUCGUCCCAGGGAUCAUAAAGUUCGGUCGAGGAAUGGUUGAGUUAGUCGAUGGACGUGUUCUUGAUAUUGAUUCCGUUAUUCUAGCUACUGGUUACAGAAGCAACGUCCCUUCAUGGCUUAAGGACAAUGACUUCUUUUCCGAUGAUGGGAUACCGAAAAACCCGUUUCCAAACGGGUGGAAAGGAGAGGCGGGAUUGUAUGCGGUCGGGUUCACGAGAAAAGGAUUGUUCGGCGCGUCGCUGGACGCGAUGAGUGUGGCUCACGAUAUCGCAAACAGGUGGAAAGAAGAAUCUAGGCAACAGAAGAAAACUGCUGCUGCUCGUCAUCGUCGAUGUAUCUCACAUUUCUAGUUUGGGAAAUAAAUAAAAAAAUAUUAGGGCAAGAAAAAAAUAUACAAAAAUGGAGUAUGGUAAAUUAGUAUUUGGAUGAAUGUGAACAAAACAAAAAUCAAAGAGAUAAUUAAGCCCUCU